CUCAAAGAAAAAUGACGUCCCGACUCUCAAAAUUAUAUUACGUCAAAGUAUUUUCAAAAAAUUUCAAAUAUUUAAAUAAAAUCGUUUAGAAAACCACGUCUGCAAAUAACAAUCUCGGCUUAAAGUAAUAAAUCACCCAGUUUCAUCACUUUUUAAAAUGUGGGUUUUUGGUUAUGGUUCCUUGGUAUGGAAAGUUGAUUUUCCUAUUGACUAUAAAAUAAUUGGUCGUAUUAAGGGAUAUUAUAGAAGAUUUUAUCAACACAGCACCGAUCAUAGAGGAACACCCGAAAACCCUGGUCGUGUAGUCACUUUGGUUCCUUCUGAUGAUCCUGAGGCAUGCGUUUGGGGUGUGGCAUACAAGAUACACGAUGACGACGUGUCCCACGUAAUUGACCACUUAGAUUACAGAGAAAAAGGUGGUUAUCGUCGCAAACAGGUAACUUUCUAUCCUAAAGAUGCCAACGUAAACCCGUUCGAUAUUACAAUUUAUGUUGGAACUUCGGAUAACUUUCAAUACGCCGGGGAGGCUGAUUUAGAUUCUAUAGCACUUCAAGUGUAUAGUUCUGUUGGGCCUAGUGGUAGUAACAUUGAGUAUGUUUGCAAUUUAGCUAAAGCUAUGCGAGAAAUUGCUCCUGAUGUACAAGACGAUCACCUUUUUGAGUUGGAAAGGAAAGUUUUGGAUUUGGUUCAUACGAAAAUGGGGGAUUUAUGAUUUUAGGGGUAAUUAGGAAAUUUUAUUAUUAGGUAAUUUUUUUUUGUAUUAAUUUAUUUUAUUUAAAGGGAAUUAUGUAACAAA